AUGGCGUACUACCCCUGUGAACACAAGUCGCUCAGGUGGUAUAAGAAGGUGUUUGUGCACAUCUUGCAGAUGGGCAUGAUAAACGCGUUUCGGCUGUACAGGAAGGCCAACCUUACUUCAAAGAAAUCUUUGUACGAUUUCAGGCUGAAUGUAAUUCGGGCUCUGUUGCCUCCAAAGGAAAACUUGCAAUUGCGUCCUGUUCAGCGGAAUGCAAGCAGGCAUGUACUGUCAAAAAUCACGAAGCAGACCAACAAGACCCGAGUAACGAGGAAGCGUUGCAGACAAUGCGCAAAAGAAGGGAACGAGACACGCACAAUAUACUUUUGUGCGCAGUGUGAAGGCGAACCAGGUCUGUGUGCGUUGGCCUGCUUUGAUAAGUGGCACGCAUAA